CUAAGAGAUAGGCAGAGGAUGUGAAUGAUCGCGCACAGAGCUAUCCUAGGAUUAGUGGGGCUGCAGAAAAAAACAACCUUUUUUAUUUGGAUUUGUCCUGAUAAUUUCAUCUGCAAGCAGAUGCCACUGGAUCUUGUUCACCUUAAGCUUUAAGAUGCACGUUCUUCUAUAAUAGGAAAUGACAUCCACAUGACAAUGAGAGUCUGCUGACAUCCCCUCAAAUGCCAGAAGUCCUUCCUUGGUAGCACCAAGGUCCACAGAGACAAGAAUCUCUUCAUUAUUUUUUUUCCCGUGAGUGUUCCCUGUGAGACUUCAAAACUGUUUCUCCAAAGAGUUUUGCAGAAACUAAGACUGUUUUCAAAAGCAGAAGCGCCGCAGUCCUCAACUGAAGUGAUGGGCAGCGUGCGAACCAACCGUUACAGCGUUGUGUCUUCAGAAGAGGACGGAAUGAAGCUGGCUACCAUGGCAGUUGCCAAUGGGUAUGGAAAUGGUAAAAGCAAAAUCCAUACCCGGCAACAGUGCCGGAGCAGAUUUGUUAAGAAGGACGGGCACUGCAAUGUUCAGUUCAUUAAUGUGAGUGAAAAGGGGCAGCGCUACUUAUCUGAUAUCUUUACCACUUGUGUGGACAUCCGUUGGCGAUGGAUGCUGGUCAUCUUUUGCCUAGCUUUCAUCCUCUCUUGGCUUUUCUUCGGCUGUGUCUUCUGGCUGAUUGCUCUACUACACAAUGAUUUAGGUGCUCCAGAGAAUCACAAAUCGUGUGUCACAGAAGUCAGGAGUUUCACCGCAGCCUUCCUGUUCUCCAUUGAAACACAGACAACAAUUGGCUAUGGAUUCCGAUGUGUCACAGAUGAAUGUCCCGUGGCAGUGUUCAUGGUGGUUUUCCAAUCUAUUGUAGGGUGCAUAAUUGACGCCUUUAUCAUUGGUGCUGUUAUGGCUAAAAUGGCCAAGCCAAAAAAGAGAAAUGAGACUCUAGUUUUCAGUGAUACUGCGGUUAUAGCAAUGAGAGAUGGGAAGUUGUGCUUGAUGUGGAGAGUGGGCAAUCUACGGAAGAGUCACCUUGUAGAAGCUCAUGUACGAGCUCAGCUCCUAAAGUCUCGCAUCACAUCAGAAGGAGAGUACAUCCCUCUAGAUCAAAUAGACAUUAAUGUUGGCUUUGACAGUGGUAUUGACAGAAUAUUCUUAGUCUCACCCAUCACUAUUGUCCAUGAAAUUGAUGAAGAAAGUCCUUUGUAUGAUCUAAGUAAACAGGACUUGGACAAUUCUGACUUUGAAAUAGUGGUGAUACUGGAAGGCAUGGUGGAAGCCACAGCAAUGACCACUCAGUGUCGGAGCUCCUACCUUGCUAAUGAAAUAUACUGGGGUCAUCGCUAUGAGCCUGUUCUUUUUGAGGAAAAGCAUUACUAUAAAGUAGACUAUUCCCGUUUCCACAAAACAUAUGAAGUGCCCAACACACCACUUUGUAGUGCCAGGGACUUAGCAGAAAAGAAGUAUAUACUUUCAAAUCCAAAUACUUUUUGCUACGAGAAUGAAGUAUCACUCACAAGCAAAGAGGAGGAAGGCAGUGACAAUGGGUUGCCAGAUAGCAUGAGCACGGACAUGCAUCCUGACAUGGACCAUCACAACCAGGUUUCCCUGGACCCUAGACCGCUAAGGCGAGAAUCUGAAAUAUGACUGAAAAACUGCUACGUUCAGCUGGUAAAAUUAGCUGGUCAGUGAGCAUUGCUGAGCAGGGGCCCACUGCAGUUUUCAGAUGUCGGUACUGUUGGACAGAGGUGAAAUCAAGCCAGCACUCAAAGCUGACAGGAAAACAAUUGCAAAUAUUAAAAUGUGUAGGCUGUGGUGGUCUAAACUGGAACUUAUAGACUAUUGUUCCACGUCACUGGACAAGCCCUCACAAUGCACUGUUAUUGGUGACAAUGGGCUGUGCAGGUUUGCUAAAGAAAAUACUACAAAAGGAAGAUGAGAUAUUGUAGAUCCAUCUCUUGGCCUCUUGUUCACACAUAUAAGUUAAGACCAGUUGUUUCUGGUGAUACAUGCAAAAUAAAAGGACAGGCAGCUGGGAUAUUAAGACAAAGCACUAAAUCUUGUUCGGUGUAACCAGAAGGCACAUAAUGUAAAAUAAAUUAUGUAUAUUUUUAUUUUGACAAAACUUGAACUUGCAGACAAGCUUGUUGAGUUUUCAACUUCUCUGUAAUAUUGGGAACAAGUCCAUUUUUAAUGGCAUAACAAUAGGCAAGUAUCUGCCUUAAAUUUUAAGCUGCUGCUAUUUUCAUACACCCCACCAAUUCUGCUAAGGUGUUUUGUAUUGUUUCAGUGUUUUAGCCGUAUGAAGCAUAAUAGGCAACACAGCUUUAUGCUGUUGGCCAAUAUAUAUAUAUAUAUAUAUAUAUAUAUAUAUAUAUAUAUAUAUAUAUAUAUAUAUAUAUAUAUAAGAAAAAGCCAAAUCCAAACCUGCAAUUAAACUAUUUGCAUAUAAGUAGACAUAUAUGUAUAUACACUUCAUUCACUCAGGUGGGAGUAGUAACAGAAAAAUAAAUAACACUUUUAGACAGAGCUGCAAUGCAGUCCUCAUACAGCGAAAUAGGAAAGAAUAUAUUUUUAUAUUAAAAGAAAAUAAAAAGAUUAUAAAAAUGUUUAGAAAAAAACCCUAUCUAAUUAUAUACCAAAGAUAAUGCAGAAAUUGUGUUCAUGAAAAACUGCUUGUUGUAUUUAGCAGUGUGUAGCUGCAAAUAACUUGGUGAAGUAAGUAGCUACGGAGGAACGACUUGGUGUAAACCCCUGCUGCUACGUAAUAACUCUUUAUGGGAGGUUAGUCUUUGUGAGUAGAAAAGGAGAAAAACUUAGAUGUUUUCUUGGGGGAGACCACGAAAAGCAAAAACCUCUCACAUCUGCUCUUUCCUGUUAAGUAAGUAAAAUCCAAGGUCAAGUGUGCUGGGGACAUUCCAGAUUUGUGGAAGUUGAAUCAGCAUAUUUAUUAACCCCUUAAUCCAGUACAACAGAGUAGGCGGGGGAGUUAGAAAUCUGCUGUAUCCUGUUCAAUUUAAUCAUUUUAUUAUUUUAAAGUGCACUGUGCAACCUGUUUUAGGAUCUUCAGGGGGCACAGGGCAUAACCUUUGUUUUGUUAAAAAUACCAACUAAAUGUCCUUGAGAGUGUCAGGAAUGAGAAAUAGCUGCUAUGUAUCAUGUGGAUGUUUGCAAAGUGCAGGGAGUUUAUUUUUGGAGAAAGGGGAGAGGCGAAGGGUGGAUUGAUCUCGUAUCAAAAAAUACACAAAAAUGUUGGAAUAAAGAACCUCAUUUGGAACUGAUGGAACACAUUGGAAAAUAUGAUUAUUUGGUGCAGAUGACACUGUAAAGGAAUCUCUAAUAAUUGUAAACACGGGAAAGUGAAAUCUUUGAUUCAUUCCUUUAGUUUGGCAGGGAAUUCUUUGGUAUGAAGACCCAUGUGUGAGCCAUAUUGACAUUUUUCUCUGUGUGUCAGUUGAGAAGGGCAGCCGCUAUUCCAGACUGCACACAGCUUUCACUUGCCAUAAUCAACCCCACUUAAAUAGGAGAAAGGCACGAUCAAUACCACGCAGUCCUGAGCCAAAAAUAUGACAACAUGAUCUGUAAAUAAGGUACUUUUGGACUGUGGUUAACUACUUAAAAGUAGCAAAUGGCUCCAAUUUGUAUGAUCAUUUACUACUUUUGUCUGCACUCUCUCCGUUCUCACAUAGCUCUCCAGCUGUUGUUGAACUAUGAGUCACAGAGUAUUACAACUUUUGUUCCCGGAACAACUGGAUAGAUAAAAUGACCUACUGUAGCCCAGUCUAAAGUCAUCCCUUUGAAUACAUCUAGCAGAAGAUGCAAUUAAAAGGGUGUGAGCUCCAAGCUUUAACUGUGUCUGUUAAUGUAUGCCAUUAAAAAUAACUUUGUCCUAAUCUAUGGUCUUUCGCACUAAAGCUUGUGAAGGUCACUUUGGCAUUUGAGGAAGGUUCUGCAACAAGAAAGUAAAUGUGUUUUAAUAUUGAAUCUAGAACCCUAAAUUUUAGCUCCUGUCCUCAGUGAAUACUUGCAAGCCAUAUUGUUGCUAUUCUCCUGUUUUAAGAAAAAUGAGUUAAGCACUAUAAGUUCUCAUAUACCUGCUUAAAGCCACAGAUGACUAUAUUUGACAACCAUUGAGCUUGAGCAGUUGAUGUUAGAAUUAAAUUACAAUUUUAUCAGUAACAUUUGAUGGAAGUAAUGCCUAAGAUUGUCCCUAUUUUGAUGAGUUGACUUUAUAUUAUUUUUUUUUUAAGCCCAUUUCAAGACAGGAUAAUGGUAUAAUACUACUAUAGAGACAUGUUGCUGUAGGUAUCAUGGUAAAAUACCAGUUUGGAGACAUCUCAAUAAUGCAAGAUUAUUUUAAGCUACAACAGUGAAGGAACAAAGUCUAAACUCUAUCUACCUGCUGCUAAUUACAUUGUUCAAAGGGAAGACAAAAGCAAAACCAAAGAGUAUUUAUGUGAAAUGAUACCCACCAAAUUGGGUAUAAUUGUGUAGUAAAAUGUUUCACCUUACAGUGACUUAUAAACGCAUAUCUCUUCUCUGUGAUGGCCAUUUGGCUACUUUAGACCACCCAGAUGCUAUCAAUUGCUUUCCAGCUAGUCUAGAAGUCCUGAUGUAAGACUUAAAAUUAGAAAGUGUUAAAGCACCAGUCACAUCUUAAUUGCAUUUAAUUAAAAUACACUAAGCUAAAUAUAGUUGGUGUCAUAAGAACUGCAGUUGCCAUAGAAACCAGCUUGCAAACAUUGGGCCUACUGUAUAAAGCUAAAUAUUAGGUUCUAAACACGAGGACAGAAUUUUUAAUUUUCAUCCGAGUGAAAGAUGCUUGAGCUAGCUGGAAAUUUGGUAUUCAUCUCAUAGCGUACAUUGCAGGAUUAUAGACCCUUGCAAUGAUGUUUCUUUGUACAAUGGUUAUCAUAGUCACAGAGGAGAGACUUUAGUUUGUUUUAAAUAAAAAGCACAGCUUUGAUGCCCAUAAUUUUGUCCAAAGCAAUUUAAGAAUUACACAGUCUUAUUCAGAAAGAACGAAACGCAGAUCAGUCCAGAACUUGGAAGCGACUGCUAUGCACUUUUAACUAUUUCCAUUUUUAUCAUUUGACUUUAGAAUGAUCCCUAGUUUGAUCGCAUAGAAAACAUUACUCCAUAAUCUUUUCUUGUUGUUUUGAAGGAAUAUAUAUUUUUUAUAAUGUUAAUCGACAAUACCUGUAUUUACAGCCAAAUGUAAAUAUCAAAUAUGUAAAACAAAAUGAAAAAAAUAAAUAAAAAACAUGAUAUGCCAAUAGAGGUAUAAAUAAAGUGCAGUGAAUUCUGGGAAAUGAUGCCUAGAAUUUAGAUAUCUACAAACCUCAAAUGUCCCCAAUGUUAUGGGCAUCUGUUAUUUAUUUAAGCAUGGUCUUUUCAGUUGAAAGUGUUUUGUAGUCUCCACAGUUUUUAAAAUGUUAGUAGCUUUUAAUUUUUAUGUUUUGUCGUGUUUUUUUUUUUUUUUUUUGUAGGUGGGGAGGGUUUGUUUUCUUGUUAUUGUACAAAAACCCUUUGUCUUCACCCUGCAAAUUUGCACUUAUUCAGAGAGGAAAUGAAACACACCUUUGAUGACAGUAAAAUGAUAGAACACGCUUUUUUUUUUUAAAUGUAUGUAGUUGCAAUAGUGACAUUUUGAUAACGGUUUCCUCGCAUUAAAAAAAAAAAAAGCUGAACAAACAAAUUUUAUUAUCUCCCUAAGCAAACAGUACACAUCUGAUUAUAUGAAAAGAUGCUUAAAAGAUUGCUGGUGUAGCACUGAGUCUGUGAUUGGGAAAAGGACACAGUCAUGCCAUUUGGCUAAUAUGAAGAGAAUGCUAACCUAGGAAGUGGGUUUAGAAUGUAAUAAAUUCUGAGUGGUACAUUUUUAAAAUAGAAUUAACUGGAAAUAAUAAAUAACUAGUGGCCUUCCUUCCUUUAUUAAAGUGCAAUUCCCAACAUCCUUUGUCUGCCAAUAUAAGGCACAGUGUUAUGGGUCUUGAAGGGAUAGUGAUAAAUGGAUAGUGAUAGCCACAUAUGUAUAUUUUUUUUCCUAUAAGUGGACAAAGCCAUGUUCCAAACUAACAAUAGUGUACACUGCGUGGCACAGGUAAUAUCAGAUAGCAUCCAACAUAAAUUGCUGUAGCUAGUUAAGCUGGACAUCUUUAAAUGUGGGAGUUGUUAUUAUAUGUUGUUACAAGACCUGUCUCUCCUUCCUGAAAUACUUGAAUUGGGACAUUGAAUGAUGUCUUAACCAGAACACUGCAUGUGAAGUAACAAAGGAAGUCCGUAUUACAAAUAGAUAUAUAUCCUUAGUGCUGGAGCACUUAAGUGCUAAAAUACAUGUCACUCUACAUCUGUUGAAGCAUUCAUAGAGCAAGCUGUAGGGCUACCAGAUGCCUUUGUGCCCAUUUCACUUGUUGUUCAAUCUUUUAUGUAAUCCUAUAAAAAGACAGGAACUCUUUAUAGGAAACAUUGUGGUCUCUACUCUGCUAAGAGAGAAGGUAGGGAAAAUUGGUGAACCCCAAUCCUACAGAUUAUGGAAUGCAAAGUGGUUAAUUUAUUAUAUUUAUUAAACAUGAUCUGAAUGGUGGUAGGAUUUGAAUAACGAAAAGGAUGAUUUUAUCUAUUUAAUUUAGAUUUCUACUUUAAGGUAAAGACAAAGGGUUUGAACAUGCAAUUUUCUUAUCUCCUGUUUCAUCUAGUGUAAUAUUUGGAUAACUAAGUGAUAAGAUGUACUGUAAUGUCUUUAAACUCUGGUUGUCCUAGGCUUGUUAAAGGUCAAAGGGCACCACCUUUAGCCAAUCCUUUUUUGACGUUUGGUUUGCUGUUUCCAUGUUGUUAACAGCAUAUGACAAUCAUUGUAAAUAAUUAUCUUAUUUCUGUUUGUAGCCUUUUUUAUUGCAUCAAAGUCUUCCUAAAAUGUACUGCACAGAUCCUUGAUUGUACAGACUUUUUUAUGAAUAUUAUGUCUUAUUUUAUUAUUUCUAAAAUAAAAUAAAAUUUCAAGUA